AUGUCGGGCUAUCCCGAAGGCUCUCGCGAGUUCACUCGCCUCCUGCCGCCAGGCUCAGGCUAUGGCGUCGUCGUUGGCGUCGGCGCCUUCUUCGCCCUCGCCAUGAUCUUCCUCACGCGCCUGCAAGGCCGCUUCACUCGCUUGGACCCGAAUAGCGCGACCGAGUUUGCCACAGCUUCGCGCGCCGUCAAACCAGGCCUCAUCUGCUGCGGAAUCGUCUCGGCAUGGACUUGGUCGGCCACCCUGCUUCAAUCAUCGGCGGCUACGUACUCGAGUGGCUUGAGCAGUGCAUGGUGGUACGGAGUAGGAGGAACCAUCCAAAUCUGCUUCUUCGCAGCGUGCGCCGCCAAGAUCAAGCAGAACGCGAACGGCGCCGUCACCUUCCCCGAGAUCGCUCGCGCGCGCUAUGGCUGGCCAUGCCACCUCCUCUUCACCUCGUUCUUCCUCAUUUGCGCCCACAUCGUUACUGGCUCUCUCGUCCUUGGCGCCUCCGCGACGAUCAAUGCUUUGACCGGUGCGAACAUCAUCGCCACCAACUUCCUUCUCCCCCUCGGAAUCGCAAUCUACGUUGUCGCCGGAGGACUCCGCGCUACGUUCAUCGUGGACUUCCUCCACACUGUCAUCCUCUUCGUCAUUCUCUACAUCUUCCUCUUCAGCAUCUACGGCACCUCGAAUGUCGUCGGCUCCCCGGGAGCUAUGUACGACCUCCUCAAGAAGGCGGCAGACCUCGCACCUGUCGCGGGCAAUGCGGCUGGGUCGUACAUGACGAUGAAGUCGAACGGCGGCAUCCUCUUCGGAGGCUGCACAAUCGCUUCUGGGUUCGCCGGCGUCGCGCUCGAUCAGGGAUACUGGCAACGAGCUAUCGCCUCGCGCCCGGAAAGCACGACGCGCGCCUACAUGCUCGGCGGAUUCAGUUGGUUCAGCAUUCCUUGGGCCUUCGGCACGGUCAUGGGCCUUGGCGCCCGCGCAAUGAUUACGAACCCGGCCUUCCCGACGUACCCGUAUGCCCUCAGCGCCCAGCAAGUCUCCGCCGGCCUCGUCGCUCCCGCCGCUGCCGCCACGAUCAUGGGCAAGGGCGGCGCAAUCGCGAUUCUCCUCAUCGUCUUCAUGGCGGCGACCUCGGCCUGCUCUGCUGAGCUAAUUGCGGUCUCGUCGCUUGUCACCCGCGACAUCAUCGGAGCGUACCGCCCGUUGUCGGGCCACAAGAUGGUCCUUUACUCGCACAUCGUCAUCGUCCUCUACUCGAUUUGGGCUGGAGCGUGGUCGACCAUUCUCCACUACGCCAGCAUCGACCUCGGCUGGCUCUUCUACGUCCAAGGCGUCCUACUCACGCCCGCCGUCAUCCCCGUCGCACUCACCGUCAUGAGCAAGAGGCAGAGCAAGCACGCGGCCUUCUUCGGAACUCUCUUCGGCACGACCUGCGGUCUCAUCGGCUGGAUGCUUGGCUGCAAGAAGGUCUACGGCGAGAUCAACAUCACCAACCUCGCGUUGCCGUAUGCCGCCAUCUCUGGCGCUGCGCCCGGCUUGGUGAUGUCGGGUUUGGCGUCCUUCAUCAUCACCGCCAUCAAGCCCGACAACUACGACUGGAACUCGACCCGCGCCAUCUCGCUCAGCGACUCGGACGUUCCGUCUGAAGGCAAGAUCGAGCGUUCGAGCGCCUCCACUUCUGAACUUGACGACGAGAAGAAGGACGAGCCGACUGCUACGGUGGCAAGCGCUGUACUGGACGCGCAAGACCCGGGAGUCGUUGCGCCUGCGCUUGAGGAGGCGGCGAAGGACCCGGCGCUCGACCGUGCGGUCCUUCAGAAAGUCUUCGUCCGCUCUCUCUGGAUCUCCGGCAUCUUCGCUCUCGUCAUCGCCAUCAUCAUUCCCAUCCCGAUGUUUGCUUCGCGCUACGUCUUCUCGAGGCGGUUCUUCGAGGUCUGGGUUGCCUUCUCGAUCGUCUGGGUCUUGCUCGCCGGCGGUUUCUGCAUCAUUCUACCGAUCUUCGAAUCUCGCAAAGAGAUCUUCAUCCUCGCCAAAUCGGCGUUGCGGGUGAUGACGGGCAGGACGGUGAAGGAGGACGUCGUUGCGUGA